AUGAAGGGGCUGAGCGGGCCGAAGCUGCUGCUGGUGCACCCGUCGUCCAACAAGUCGCCCGGCGGCGCGGGGUCGCCCGGGGCGGUUCUGGGCGCGCGGCGCCGGGUGUGCGCCGCCGUGUUCCUGGCCUGCUUCGCCUGCGUCUCCCUGGCCACCACGCUGCUGUCGGCCGCGCGGGACCCCGGUGCCGCGGGCGCGGGGGCGGCCGCCGCCGCCGCGUCCGGGAGGGCGGCGGCGGCGUUCUCGGUGCGGGCAGGGGCUGCCGGCGCCGCAACAGGCGAGGGUCUGCCGGGGCACGUGUUCGACGCGCUGGUGCAGUACGCGUCGGCGGGCGGGAACUCGACGGCGAGCAUGCCGGGCGCCGACGUGCGCGCCAUCGCGGCCGUUCUCAGGCGCCGCGCGCCGUGCAACCUGCUCGUGUUCGGGCUCGGCGGGGAGACGCCGCUGUGGCGCGCGCUCAACCACGGCGGCCGCACCGUGUUCCUGGACGAGAACCAGUACUACGUGUCCCACCUGGAGGGCCGGCACCCGGGGCUGGAGGCCUACGACGUCGCCUACACCACCACGGUCCGCGAGUUUCCCGACCUGCUCGACGCCGCCCGCGCCGCGCGCGCCGCCGAGUGCCGGCCCGUCCAGAACCUCCUCUUCUCCGACUGCCGCCUCGCCAUCAACGACCUCCCCAACCAGCUCUACGACGUCUCCUGGGACGUCAUCCUCGUCGACGGCCCGCGCGGGUACACGGCGACGUUGCCGGGCAGGAUGUCGGCGAUAUUCACGGCGGGGGUGCUGGCGCGGACGCGGGCCGGGGAGGGCGCGACGACGGACGUGCUGGUGCACGACUACGAGCGGGAGGUGGAGCGGGCGUGCUCCAGGGAGUUCCUGUGCGAGGAGAACCGCGUCGCCGAGACCAGCACGCGGUCGCUCGCCCACUUCGCCGUGCGCGGCGGCAGCUCCGCCCGCCGGGACGCCUUCUGCUCCGGCGCCGCGGCGGGGGCGGCGGCGGCCCACUAG